AUGUCCUACUCUCUAACUCAACAGCUCCUCGUUUCAGACGAGCAAGCUUACAAGCGAGCUACCCAGUCUGAGUUUCUCAAGCUCGCAGGCCACGGAAAAGCAUCGAAGGAACUCCUCGGCCGCUGGCUUGCAAACGAUCGUCUCUACAUCCACAGCUACUGCCGUGGUCUUGGUCGACUUCUCAGCUUUCUCGAAUACCCUGACACCGUACAAGCCGGAGUCGAUCCCGGUGCUACAACAAAGCUUCUAGACUGGAUCGUCGCAGCUCUCGUCAACAUCCGACGAGAAGAAAAGUUCUUCAUCAACACCGCAGCAGAAUACGGCAUAAACGUCAACCUCGAGACUCAAGAAGACGGCCGUGUUGAUUCAAGCACCAAACUAGAAGGUCUUCGACGCUGGGAAGCUCUAUACGCUUCUGUAUCCCCCAACGAGAAAGAAGAACUUCCUUGGCUUGAAGCAGCUGUGAUUUACUGGGGAACUGAGAAGUGUUACCUUGAUGCUUGGUCGUGGGCUAAGGCACAACUCUCUGAUGAUGAUGGGAGCAAUGAUGCUGAUGGUGGGGCUGUGAGGAAGGAGUUUAUUAAUAAUUGGACGUGUAAGGAGUUUGUUGAGUUUGUGGAUGAGCUUGGAAGGAUUAUUGAUGAUGCUGUUGAGAAGCUGGUUGCGGAGAAGGGUGAGGAUGUUAAGCAGAAGCUCUUCAAGAGGGUUGAAGGGAAGUGGCAUGAUGUUCUGGAGGCGGAAGAGGCCUUCUGGCCAGCCGUCUAG